UUGGCGUGGUGCAGCGAGGCACCGAAACAUCUUGCCGCGAUACUUUUGCUUUGAAAGGUCGAUAGUGUGUGUAAUAUGAUUAGGGCAUAAUAUCAUUGGGUUUGCCAAAUUAAAAAACUUGCGGAGAAUUGUUUUUUGUAAACAUACGAGCUGUUUAGAUGUACCCUCUAACUCUUAACUAUGUUAGUUAUCGUUAGCUCCAUCGCACCAACAUUCACACAGGCUGAGUCCGGGGCGCAGCAGAAGCGGAGCUACUGAGCCGAGUAUCAUUUCCGACAGCUCCGUAUGGAUUUGACGUCGGUUUACAUUGUUGCUUGAUGUUUUACAAAGGGCCUAUUGCCGGUGAUUUCGAGGAUGGAGGACCCUUGUGACCUUAAGCACUUGGUAAAGUGUGGUGUCACUUUGGGGGGCUCGUUUCUCUGAUUUGGACUAUUCUUGGCCAACGGCCUCAUCAGGCCUUCUAAUCCUAGACGUGUUUCUCAAUGGACACUCUGCUCAAGUCAGAAAUCAGAGAAGAGGGGAGUGGUGCCUCAGUCAAGGUGGAGGGCCUAUCCAAAGCAGCCCUUAUCAAAAGCCUGUCUCCUAGAGUCAUAUUGUCCAACCACUUCUUGCCUAAAGGGACCAAAAUGAAGGUCAAUCUAGAGGAUCAGGGUCGUCAGAAAGUGUCCUUCAGCUUCUCACAGACCAAGAAGCCGCUGCAGAGCCUGUUCUUCGUCUCCACUAGCCCUGACAAGUCUGUUGCUGACUCUCCUCCUGCCUCAUCACAGUCAGGAUCAGACAAAGGAGGGCAGAAUGCAGACAACAAAAUUGAGCAAAAGCAUACACCUGUGGUGCCAACAUCAAGAGCAGAGGUAUCUUCUCAAACACCAGUCUCCCCUGCUAAACUGAAAACAGACUUGUCAAAGAUGCAUUUCAAGAAACAAAUUCUUAGUGUUUCUGUGACUGAAGAAAAACCAGCAUCUGUUGUUCCAGAGGAGCCGCACUCCUCUAAUUGUCAAGAUCUACAGAAACCAACAAGCAAGAGUACACCUGAAUUCCCAUGCAGAAUUCAGAACAUUGUCAGUGUCUGCCCUGCUGACGAUUCUUACACUGAAGCAUCAGAGACAAAGACUACCACAAGCCUCAAGAAGCCUGCUGCUUCCUCAGGAAAAGAUGGAGAAAGUUCCAGUAGUACUGAGCAGGACAAUAAGAGGAAAACCAGGUCCCAUUCAGAUAGUGCACCCCAUGGCUCAGAAUCUGAUGCUGAUUCAGUCCAGAUGUCUUCCAGCCGCAAAGCAGCUGACUCCAAAAGUAAAACAAACUCCGACAGCAGAAGCAAAGAGUUAAAAAAGUCUUCCUCUGGUUCAUAUGUGGAGGAAAAGGAAAAAAGUUCCUCUAAGCGGUCAGAGAAUCCUGAAAGGUCUUCUAGUUACUCUAAAUCUGAUCGUGACUCUAGGCACACAUCAUCACGGUCAUCUCGAUCAGAAAAAGAUCGCAGAAGGUCCAGGUCACGGUCACGGUCCAGAUCAAGAGGGUCUCGAACAGGUUCAUCUCACUCUCGAUUGGAAAGAUCCCGAGGCGACAGAGGGUCACGCUCUGAAAGGUCGUACUAUCAUGAUUCUGAUCGGAGAUCACACAGGAGUUCUCCGCGCAGAGACAGACGACGGUCUCGCUCUCGCACUGACAGAACCCGGGACAGUUCAGACUCUGAGGAUGACCACAGGAAGACAAGGACAAGGACAAGUGAAUACAGCAGAUCAUCUGCCUAUUCAAGCUCACAUAAAGAAUCAAAGUCAUCUUCCUACACAAAAUCCGAGAAAGCCUCUAAAUCUGUAGAUUCCCCUCACUCCUCAGAGGUAGAUAAAAGUCGGCAGUCGUCAAAGUCUGACAGGUCUUCGAAGCGAUUGACAGAUUCAGAUUCCCAACGCAAGGGGUCUCCUGAUAUUGAUUCCACUUACCAUAAAUCAAGCACCUAUCACAAAUCGGACAUCAGCAGUAAAUCCACUUCUUCCAGUCUGCAUACCCACUCUCAAACACAUGAAAAACACCAAAAAAACUCAGAGGCUGAUCACAGGGGAAAAUCACAUGGUUCUGACAGAAGCCCUGGUUCAGAGGAAAACUGUAAGAACUCCCAAAAGAAGACCAGUAGGUCAGACUCAAAACAUUUGACCCCCUCUAGAUCUUCGGUGAAAACCAGCGAACAUGAUAGACAAUCAAAUGAUGCGUUUCACAGUCCCAGAAAAGCUUCAACGUGUCCAGCCACCACAGAAUCCUUUUCUCCAAGUGAAAAAGAAAACUCAGAAUCUCAACUAGAUGACACAUGCCAGAGACAUGAACAAGGUAAUCAGAAUGUUAGGAAGCUUUUGCACGAAUCACCAUCUAAGAACUCAAAAGAAAUUAAUUCAGGUGUUGAAACUGAGGGUAAAAAUGUCCCAGUUUUAACUGUAGAUGAGAGUCUAAAGCAUGUAAAUACUGGUGUGGAAAAUGUAACCAAUGUGAAGGAUUGCAUUUCUCCAAAUAAUCAACUACAUGUGAGGUCAAAUGCAGCAAUUCUAAAUUCAUGCAGUAGUAAUAUUAGUGUAACAUGCAACACUGAAAUGAAGGGUUUUGACUGCCUACUAGGGCCACAGUCCUUACUUGAAACAGCCAAUACAAUGGACACACGUGAUGCCCAAGAGGACACUACAUCAGCAACUGUUGAAAUGAAUAAGGGUCUGACUGUGAACAAGCAGUCUGGCACGAAUAUACUGCUCAAAUCUGAUUCAUCAUUUUUUGAAUCGGAGAAUCACCUGACUUGUGAACAGCAAAAUACUGAUGCCAUGAAAAAGAGCAGCAGUGCUACCAAAAAGUCCCGUUGGGAUAUUGUCGGACAGGACACUUCAGAGAGUGAAAAUUUACAGAGGACAGUCUGUGUAGAGACUAAGACCACUGUUAAAAAGGUGAUCUCUGUCAAAAAAAUUGAGUUUUCUAAAGACAAUAGCCAACAAGACUUGGAAAUGAAAGACAAUACUUUUCAAGAAUCUGAAACACAUUCCAAACCAGUGAAGCCAACUGAGGAACAGGAAGCUGGGUCAGACACAUCGAUGCCUGACGUACACCAAGACCAAAGUGAGCCUACUGAAGCAAGCACCAGCACUGACCAUUGUGACUUAUCACUGUCUGUUUCCGACAAAAUGCACACAGAUGAGCCUCUGCACUUAACUGAUGCAUCCCAGGAUGAAAAGUCUGCAAAGAUGCAAAGUUUGGUUGACGUCAACUGCAAAGAAAAGUCUAAGAGCAGGGCUAACAAGAGCAAAUCGAGUACAAGAAUGUCACUUAAUUCGGACAUAUUAGUCGGUCAUAGCGAGGCCAGUGAUAGUGACAACUCGGAAUAUGACUCUGACUGUGGUGAGGCUAUAAAACGACUGCACUCUGUGGUGGUGGUGCCAAAGAAUUCCUCCCUUACAAUGGAUCCACAGGACACAGGGGCAUCCUUAUGCCACCCAGCCAAUAGUUCAGAACUCCAGAAUGCUAAUAUAGCAGCUGAUGUCAAUAUAUGUGAAGCCCAAAAUCAAGUUAACCCACAACAAACACAAGGAAGUCUUUCGUUUACAUUUGGUCCAACCAAUAGUAGUAUAACAUGUCAAUCUCAGAGCAAUAUGAUUGAUAGCACUAGUCACUCUGAGGGCUCCCAGCCUCACAUGACUGGUCAUAUUAGUGCCACAGAACCAGCUCACAUCCUUGAUAAUUCCAGUAUGUGUGAGCAAGGGCACAAACAGAUUGUCAACAGCAGAAACGAAAGGACAUACUCCCAUUAUAAACUUCAUGAUUUUUCUAAUGCUGACGAUAUUAGUGAAAAGAAUGGAUUCGGCUUAGGUUGGGAUUUUUCGCAAUCAGAGCAACCGAGCAGUACAUGCCAGCAGCCGGAUAGCAGUUAUGGGCCACAUCUGCAAAAUGCUAAAGCAACAGGAAGUUCUCCUAAAGGACAGGAGAACAUGCAGAGCAAUGCCUCAUGGAACCAUCAGUCUCCUCUCACACAGACACUGGGAAAACCCUACCUCCAUGCUCAUGAGCGUUACCAGGAUCCUGCUGGCGAAAUCCAUCCCGACUCUCUCACGAAUGACCAUGAGGACUACAGCGGGGGUAAACUGUCUAGUUUCAGCAAAUCAGUUAUAGAAUCCAGUGGGCCUAACACUCUAGGCUUUGUGCAAGGUCAUGAAAUAAGCAGCAACAGCAGGGGCUCUGCUGUGCCCGACCCCCCUAGAGAAGACAGUUUCAGGCCUCACAGAGGCAGGGGUCCUCCUAAGAAAAGGCGUCCAGAGAUCGAGUCAGAUUCAGAUAAUGAGGCCGAACCAGGACCUGCAGGCAAGAGGGAGCGUCAUGGAGAUCUGAACAUCUCAAAGGAAACUCCAGUCACAGCAGAGGUAUUUCGCCCAUCACUUAAUCUCCAGGAAUUUCAAGAUGCCAAUAAAUGGAAGGAGUUGGCAAAGUCUAAGAAGAUGCCCCCUUACUUUGACUUAAUCGAAGAGAAUAUGUACUUAACUGAGAGAAAGAAGAGCAAAUCUCAUCGAGACAUUAAAAGAAUGCAGUGUGAGUGUGCAGUGCUGUCCAGAGAGGAGCGUUCAAAGGGAGUGUUGGCAUGUGGAGAGGACUGUUUAAACCGACUGCUGAUGAUUGAAUGCUCAUCCCGAUGCUUAAAUGGAAUCUACUGCUCCAAUCGACGUUUUCAGAUGAAGCAACAUGCAGAUUUUGAGGUCAUUCUCACGGAAGACAAGGGCUGGGGACUUCGAGCAGCUAAAGAUUUGGCACCAAACACAUUUGUGCUGGAAUACUGUGGGGAGGUGCUGGACCACAAGGAGUUUAAGACAAGGGUGAAGGAAUAUGCCCGUAAUAAGAACAUCCAUUAUUAUUUCAUGUCUUUAAAGAAUAAUGAGAUAAUUGAUGCAACGCUGAAGGGUAACUGUUCCCGUUUCAUGAACCACAGCUGUGAGCCUAACUGUGAGACCCAAAAGUGGACUGUCAACGGCCAGCUUCGCGUUGGAUUUUUCACCACCAAAGCUGUCACUGCAGGGACAGAACUGACAUUUGAUUAUCAGUUCCAGAGAUAUGGCAAAGAAGCACAGAAAUGUUUCUGUGGGGCGCCCAGCUGUAGAGGCUUCCUGGGUGGAGAGAACAGGGUUAGUGUUCGAGCAGCUGGUGGCAAGAUGAAGAAAGACCGCAGUCGGAAGAGUGCUCUAACCACGGUUGAUGAGGAACUGGAGGUGUUGGUGGACAAUGGGGAAGGCCUGUAUGAUGAAAAACAGGUGGUGGCCCUCUGCAGACUGAUGGUCCGAGUGGAAACUAUGGAGCAGAAACUCAUCUGUCUUAAGCUCAUACAAGAUACCCAAAAUCCAUCAUGCCAGAAGCAGUUCUUAGAUCAUCAUGGAUUGUCUUUGCUGUGGAUCUUCAUGGUGGAGCUUUCUGAAGCUAAGGGCAACAGUGCCAACAACAUUAAACUGCAGUUAGAGAUUAUGAAGACCUUGGCUGUGUUACCUAUCUCCACCAAGAACAUGCUAGAAGAAAGCAGAGUUCUGACUUUCAUUCAGCGCUGGGCACAGACAAAAACCUUCCCUCACCCUACUGAGAUGGAUGGCUACUCCAGUGAAAACACAUCCCGUGCUCAAACACCACUCAACACCCCUGAUGGUUCCUCAACAAAAAUCGUACCAGAAUUAGACAGUGAUGCCUCAAAACCAGCUGUGUACCGCCGCCUUAAAAUCAUCAGUGAGAACAGUCUUGACAGUGCACUUUCUGAUGCUAGCAAAGCAUCUGAUGGAAAGGAAGAGGAGGAGGAUGAUGAUGAUGAGGAAGAAGAUGAAUCCUCACAGGCAGGACACUCUGACGUCAAACAGGUAAAGGCAGAGCCUGUGGCUGAUGCUGCAGAGCCAGCGAAAGACACAACAGAAGUGAAAGUCAAGGUGGAAAAAGAAGAGGACUCAGAAAUGAUUUUAAGCAGUCAGCCACAAGCUGAGGAGGCCAAAGACAAAAUGGAGAUGGAUUUAGUGAAGGACACAGAGGUGAAAGAGGACAUCCAACAGGACACAACUGAUGUUCACAUAGAUGAAUCUGAAGGGCUGAAAGAGCCAAGUGAAGAUCAGGAGAACAUGGAGGAGCAGACCAGUGAGGGGCCUGCAGAGAAGCUUGAACCAGAAAGUGAAAGUUCCACCAGUAAAGUUCUUGAUCCAGAGAGUGAGUCCAUCAAAACAGAUGAUACAGCUCCUCCCUCUGAACAACCUUCAGAGCAAAUUGAAGUCCAGGCAGAGACGCAAGAGACGGAGAAAGCUCCUGCUAGUGAGGAGCAACCAGGGGAAUCUACAACAGAUGCUCCCCCAAGCUCCGAGACUCCAGAGGCCAGUUUACCCUCUGAGGCCACUGCGACCUCUGUGGACCCAUCAGUGACAGGAACUCCUUCUCAAGAUGAAGAGGAAGGUGUUUCAGAUGUAGAGAGUGAGAGAAGUCAGGAACCACAAUUAAGCACUUUGGACAUUAGUGGUAUGGCUGCCAGGCUUCUGGAAAGCUGGAAAGACCUAAAGGAGGUGUACAGAAUACCAAAAAAGAGUCAAGUGGAAAAAGAUGACCGCAGCCGAGAUCGAGACACCACUCUGACACCACGCACCGCUUCAGGUAGCCGAGAACGUGAAAGGGAGCGAGAUAAGGAGAGGGACCGCGACAGGGAUCGCGAUUAUGACAGAGAUAGAGAUAGGGAUCGAGACUGGGAGAGAGAUCGAGACAGAGACAGAGACAGAGAUCGUGACCGCGACCGUGACCGAUGCUCGGACAAAACACCACGCAGCAGCGAAAGACGGAGGAGACGCUCCACAUCUCCACCACCCUCAUCCUAUGAAAGGAGCAGCCGGCGCACUGAGGAGAGGUUCGAUGCUUCUAACAGCAACAAGACACCAAGAGGAGUCUGUGGAAAAGAGCGGAACAAACUUUCUACUGAGGAACGCAGAAAGCUUUUCGAGCAGGAGGUUGCUCAGCGUGAAGCCCAAAAACAACAGCAACUUCAGCAGCAGCAACAGCAGCAGCUCCAGACUAUGGUUUAUGACCCUACUCUGGCCUACACCUCAAGCCCUGGCUUCAUCACCUACCCACCCGGGUAUCCCAUCCAGACUUUUGUGGAUCCCUCCAACCCAAAUGCAGGGAAAGUUCUGCUCCCUACCCCUGCAGUUGAACCUUCUAUGAGCUAUGAACAGACUCCUCCUCAGCGUCUGAUCUCAGACCUCGGAAUGCCCUCUCCAUCUUCCACUCCCCAGGCCACUCCAGUCUCGAAUAUCUCUCAGCACAUUACCACCGCCAGCCUCACCACUGGCAACCCCCAGCAGUAUGCCCAGCCAACUGUAGCAGCCCAGGAUGCAGGCGUGGCCGUCCUCUCUGUACCGGCCCAGACGGCCCCUCAGGUGCAGGGCCAGCAGAGCUACACCACUCUGUGGGACCCCACCACGCAGCAGGCAGUGACCGUGCAGACCCAGCCAGCGCAGCAGUACGCCACAGCUCCUGCACAGGCUCAGACACAGACAGCCAUCUACUAUCAGGGCCAGCCAUGCCAGACCAUCUACAGCAUCCCCACAGCCUACCCACAAGCCAACACUCCAGUCAUCCAGGCAUACACUGAGCCGGCUGCCAGCUACCUGCACAGCCAGCCUGUAUACCCUGGCCAUCAGCAGGGAGUGGUGGUGCAGCAGGGAGGCACCGUCACCACCAUCGUCACAUCCCAAACUCAGGAAUUGAUAGUACCCAACAAUGUGAUCGACCUGCCUCCUCCUUCUCCCCCUAAACCCAAAACUAUUGUCCUACCUCCAAACUGGAAAGUGGCUCGAGACCCUGAGGGCAAGAUCUACUACUACCAUAUAGUCACAAGACAAACACAGUGGGAUCCUCCGACUUGGGAAGGAAGUAGUGACAAUACUAGUGUGGACCAUGAAUCUGAGAUGGACCUGGGAACACCCACCUAUGAUGAGAAUCCUUCUAAGUUUUCAACAAAGACAGCUGAAGCAGACACUUCCAGUGAACUGGCUAAAAAGAGUAAAGAGACAUUUCGCAAAGAGAUGUCUCAGUUUAUUGUACAAUGUCUAAAUCCUUAUCGGAAGCCAGAUUGCAAAUCUGGACGCAUCAGCAACACAGAAGACUUCAAACACCUGGCCAGAAAGCUAACUCACGGAGUUAUGAAUAAGGAGUUAAAAGCUUGCAAGAAUCCUGAAGACCUUGAGUGUAACGAGAAUGUGAAGCACAAGACCAAGGAGUACAUUAAGAAGUACAUGCAGAGAUUUGGCUCUGUGUACAGGCCCAAGGAGGACACUGAAGUGUACUAGUCCCAUCCAGGGCACACAUGAUACACUUUGCUCUGCGCUAACACAGGAGAAGCACAGAUCUGCCUUUGCAUUCACUCCUUCGUGUACCGAACUGGCCAGCCUGAACCGUGAAGUAGUUUCUUACAAAUACUUGUCACUAAGAAUUGCACUGCUGCCCGAGAAGCUCUCCAGGCGCUGUGGUUUGCAGAGGAGCCCUGUUGUUGAGACUGUCAGAGACUCAAGUGCUGCUGAACGACCCGAGAUCCAGGUGCAGCGUAUGCAAAGAGUGACACUGAGGGGUGCUACAGAGACUAAUGUUUUCAAGGACUGUUUGAUUUUUAGAGUUGUUUUUUUUUCAUUUGUGGCUCUUAAAUCAAAUGAUCACCUCAAUUCCACUUUUUAACUCUUCUAACCCCAAAACGAGGAGUACUCCAAGGAGUCCGCUUUGGUAUUUAUCAGUUUCUUUGUUAUUUUCGAUAAAUCAAAAUGGAUCAAUGACAGAAGAGUCCAGUCUUGUCUCGCUCCACUCACCUUUUUUUUGUGCACGUUUCAUCCCCCUGCCACUGACUCUGUAUCUGGUGCUGCUUUUAACCAGGCUGUGGAGGUCCACGCUUCCACUCCUUAAACCCUGCCUUCUAACCACAAGACUUUUGGGGCCUCUGUUGUUUUAUGAAUGCAUGAUGUAGGUUGAGGUCAGAGUGCUAUCCUUAUGGAAAUUCCUACAUUUUCCAGGUGUCCCUGCUCCAAGUAACGUACCCUCACUGGGAUGGGCUUUUUACUCACAUAGGGAUCAGCUGGUUGGAAAUUAGUGAUCAAUAUUUCUUUGUCUUUUAUCAGUUUGUGAAUAAUAACGGGAGCAGGGUUUGAAUGCUUUGUUUGAUGUGCUGUUUAGCUGUGUGUCAUGUUUCUCCCUUUUCCUGUUAAACCCUCUUCCAACUUGUUCUGCCUUGUUUCCUCCUCUCAUAGGAAUGAAGACGAAGGUUGUAGCAUUGCCAUUUUUAACAGUUUCGUAACACCACGUGUGUUCUGUUUCUGAUUCUUUUUACUGCUGUUAAUCCUAGUUAGACGUCAACGACACUUAGUUCAGCCUGGCUCCACAAAGAAUCACUUUUGAAUUUCCAAGAUUUUCCUGGUGUCAAGGUAGUUGCAUUAGCAUUAGGUCACAAAUCUAUUGCAGUCCAUUAAAUUGCAUUAAACAACGUCUCAACAUAUGUAUAUUGCUUUAUAUGUGAAUAUAUUGAAUAAUAGUUUUGGGGAAUGUUUAAAUAAGCAGACACUUUGUAAAAGGACUAUCAUUUCAUGAUUAAAAGUGUAAAUAUAGAAGUGUAAUAUUACCAAAGCUGCACCCAGGAGAGUAGGGUCAGGGAGCACAGUGAGCGCACCCAUCCUCACCAGCUCAGCCCUCCUGAUGCAGUUCCCUCAUCAGUCUGUAAAACAUAGGACCCCACUGACUCACAGCCCUUUAUUUUAUUUCAGUGGUGGGGGAGAUUUUCUUAUUUCUUUUUGUUUAUUAAUUUUUUUAUGUACAAAAUAUGUUUCACCCUACUCUACUGUAAGUAUUGCGUAAGCACAUUGUCAUACCGAGUGUACAAACAUUUUAAAAGAUAAUAAACUUUUUUGUAAAAUUA